GACCCUGUAUUUCGGUCUUUCUCCAUAGGAACAACACAGAUUGAAUUUACUCUAUACAUUCCGAGCGAUUACGCUCUCCGUGUAACCAUGGCGGAAUAACGGCGGCGGCGGCCAACCCAACAGCGGCAAACCGAACAGUGCAACGGUGUAGUGCACUGGCUUUUUAUCUGGCAAAAAUGGCGUCUCUCGAGGCAACCCUCAGCACUGCUGCAGUCGACAGCGUAAUAGAACCGUUCGACUCCUUGUCACCAGCAGACCCGUCUCUCCUCUACCCCCAGCAGCCAGUUGUCUUGCGGUCUCUCAGUCUGUGGCAGAUCCGUCUGAUAAGCGGCCAUGUCUCUGAGUUCACAUCUGGACCUGGAGGACGUGGGGGCCCUGUUCUUGGGGCCCUCGUUUCUGACGGCUGACCCAUUGGGGCCCCUUCUGGACGAAGAUGAAGAACCCUUAGGGGGGAUUGCUUCCCCCCACUCUUUCUCCUCCACUGAUUCCUCUUCUAUUCCCUCCCUGUCCCCCCCUUCCUCUCCUCUCCUGGGAUGCAAGGCUGGGGUCGAACUGCCGCCUGUCCCUUGGCUAUCUGCCAGUGAGGUGCUGGACGUUUCGAUCAGUCCAGACAGUGGCAAAGAGGAUGCCUUCGCUGGCAUGGACUGGAUGGCAGAAGACCUCGACCUGAGUGAGUUUGAUCUGGACUCCCUCAUGGGCUCCUGUGACUCAGAUGAGCCCCCCAGCUCCCCAGAGGAUCUCAUCGCCUCCUUGGAGUCCCACAUGGACCUGGAGCUGGAUCCCCUGCAGUUUAACACCAUGAUCGCCCCUCAAGAAGAGCUGGCAGUCCCACUGCCUGAGCUUCCCCCACACCCCUCUCCACCUCUCCUAGAGUCCCAGCAGGAGCUGGAAAUCAAGUCUGAGCCCGCCUCUCCGGUCCCCUCUCCUUCUUCCCUCCCCCCUCCUUCACCCGCCUUCACCCUGGAACUGGGCAGCGAAGUGGACGUGCCCGAAAACGAGAAGAUCACCCCCGGGAUCGUCCUCUCCCUCUCCCCUUCCCACAUUGUCCUCCUCCUGACCCCCAAAGAAGAGCCGAGCGCAGUGCCCACAGCCCUGCCCGCUGGCUCUGAUGACCACUCUGACAGCGACAGUGGCAUCGGGUCUGAGUCCGGCUCUCCUCCACACAGCUCCUGCUCCACCCCUCCGCCGUCCGGUUCCUCCAGGUUGAAACCGUAUUCCAUCCUAAGCAAGUCUAAACCAGCCCUGGAGGCAACAGCUGCGCCCGGAAGAGUGAAGUCUGUUUCGGGCACGCCCAAAGUGGUGGAGAAGAAGCUGAAGAAGAUGGAGCAGAACAAGACCGCGGCCACCCGCUACCGUCAGAAGAAGAGGGCGGAGCAGGAGAGCCUGAACGUAGAGUGCACCAGGCUGGAGCAGCGGAACCAAGAGCUGGCGGAGAAGGCGGACUCCAUCAGCAAGGAGAUUCAGUACCUCAAGGAUCUCAUUGAGGAGGUGCGCGCUGCCAAGAGCAGGAAGAAGUUGCGCCAGGAACAGCCAUAGAGCUGCUUCAUGGUGAAGUGAAAUGGCUAGUUUGUACCCCUGUGUAACAACAGAGAUUGAGUGCUGAAUAAUAAUAAUAAUAAUAAACAUACACAUAUGCUGGUCUCUGUCUGAUAUCCCCCCCCCACAUUUGUAGUAGUUUGUAGCUGAGUUAGGAACAGGAAUGAAUUGUUGGCAACCCCCUAUCCCCCACCCCACAUUCUCCAGUAACAAUCAGUCUUAUGAAUUGCCUCCUAAAUUUUCUAAAUAUUCUUUCAUACAUCUGUUUCUUCUGUGCGUCUCAGAAGACUUUUAAUUUUCUUCAGUCCAGUAAGGGGUCACAUUAAUUUAUACAACUUUCUGUUACCCCUCCCAAAUCGAGUGUUUUUGUAACAUGCACCACUUGUGCUCAAUGUGGAUUUUAUUUAUUACAGAAACCUCUGAUCUUUGUGUAUAGUAAGUCAUGUGCCACUGUUGGCUUGUAAAAAUGCUUUUUAUG